AUGGGUUGGAUGCUUCAAGAAGGUAUUUCCGAAUCUUUUGAUAAAUCCAUGUGCACCGAGACAUUUGUGAGUAACUCCAAAAGACUUUACAAAACAUAUAAUGAUUAUGUCAUGGAGCAAGGAUUCAAAUUAAUGAAAGAAAACUAUGGAUUUGAGAUCCCGGAACAUGAUAUGUCGAGUGGGCGCUCCGAAGAAUUGCAAUAUGCUCUGGCAUCCUUUUCCAACGAAGGUUAUGUGGCAUCAUCUGGACUGGACCGAUCCAGUUUUGAGGCUUUUAAGGCCUCUUUGAUUAAAGAAGAGGAAUUAUCUAUGAUUCUUAUAAGAUGUCUUGUCGUGUACCCUUGUAAUGAAUGUUUGUACUUUUUUCAUUUGUAA